AUGGCACUUCGUUCUUCCUCUGUUCCACUGCGUGUUCCUCUGCCGCCUCCUCCUGAGUCCUCUCUUCCUGCCAUCCCUGACCCUGAGUCAGACCUUGCUUGUGCUGCCACUCCCACUGUCUCUCGUCUCCUUGCCACUGUUGUCAGUGACCCUUCUUUUGAUUCCACUGCUGCGUCUGCCCUCGUUGCUGAGCUAGUUGACUUUGCAGCUGCCUGUCGUCUCGACUACGCCACUGCUCUUGCUGCUGAGUCUGAGUCUCCCAGUCCUCCGUCCGUCGGGGGUGAGUGUGCUCUUGGCACGGACGUCCUUGAGGACAGGGUAAAGCGGCCGCCGGGCUCUCCGCUUGCCUUCAAGGCGCGUUACGUUGCUAGAGGCUUCAGUCAGCGACAGGGGGUCGACUACUUCCAGACCUUCUCCCCCACCCUGAAGAUGACCACUCUUCAGGUGUUGCUGCACGUUGCUGCUCAGUGUGACUACGAGUUGCACUCUCUGGACUUCAGCACAGCUUUCUUGCAGGGCAGCCUGCACGAGGAGAUCUUGCUGCGCCGCCCUCCUGGCUUCACUGGGUCGUUUCCUGCAGGUACCCAGUGGAGCCUCCGGCGGCUAGUCUACGGUCUCCGCUAG